GAUAAUAUUAUCAAUUUUUUUAGUUUUAAAAGUGAGAAUAUUAUCAUUUUUGCACAGCAAUAUUUCAGAUAAUUAUUUUGCUAACUAAGAGAGAGAGAAAAAAAACAGAGUAUGAGAUUAAAUGUUUUUGCCCUUUGAUCUUUGGUUUGAUUUGAUUAUCCAAUAAAAGUUGAGAACACUAUCAGUUUUUCUCAGUUUAAAAACUAAGAACACUGAGAAGGAAAAAAAAAAUUAGAGCAUGAGAUUAAAUAGGUGAUUUCAUUCUCAUGAACUCUAUAUCUAAGAACAAUGAUAUCAAAAUCAAUGUUGAAAUUGAAAUCAAAAUAAAAAAUAAGAGUUUCGAAACUGAAAAGAUUCCUUUAAAAAUUAGGAUAUAAAAUAAUUGAAUAUAAAAAGUCUCGAAUCAUUGAGUCGAUCUAUAACACGUCAAUCAUAGUUUUGCAAACCUCAGAGUAUCAAGAAACGAAGUAAUCUUCAAGAGCUCGUCGAAGACUACUUGCAACGAGAGCUCUUAUUUUCACUAUUUCACUUCUUCAAAUUUGAAAAAUAUUUCAACUGAAUCGAUAUUUGAUGAUAGUAGAUAAUCUUCUAACUUUGUUGCUCUGAAAUUUCUAAACGACAAAAGUAAAAAAAUCUAAAAUUUGUAGAGAUAAAGAGAGGAACAAAAAGAGAGAGAGAGAUGGGUAGAGGAGUGUUUUGUGUAUUUGAAUUUGUAAGGAUAAAUUAAUCACAUAAAAUUAACAAAAGAUUUAUAAGUUUAAAUAUAAGUUUAAAAUUUUAUAACAGGAUCAAAGCUAUCCUUCUUCUUUUUUUUAUUUAUUUAUUUAUUUUUAUUUUUUUUGGAUGCAGCAAAAGCUGUCGUUGUUUUGUCACUAACAAAUUUUCAAUUUUUUUCUCCUCAAAAGCGUAUUAUUGACCACCAAAAAAUUUCAAAGCCGUUUCAAACGGGGAGACCCCGUACAGAUUGGCCAAAAAAUACUCGCAUCUAGAAGUACCCGCUGAAAAUCAGAUGCCACGUGUAAAUUUUUUCCAGAUGUCAUCCCAUGUAAGCGAGUAAAAAUGGCUGAGAGUAUAUAAUAAAAUUCACACUCUCACACAGACAUUCGUGUCCUUGGUAACGGUCUCCACUUUCAAAGCAAAACCCAGUGCGCAGAUCAAAAACCAGAAAAAUGUUUCUCACUCUCUCUCUCUCUCUCUGAAGCAACAAGGGAACAACUAACUAGGGUUUUGAUUGUGAAAAGAAAGUGAGAAAAUGGUGAAGAUUAUGCCAGGUAUUGAGCAGGAAGAUCAAAGCUUUAGGGUGUUGGAUCAGUUGUCUCUUAACAAUCUUCUGAGUCUGUCAUAUCACAGGCUUCCUCAACAGCUCCUCAAUCUCUCUAUUCUCAAAUUGGAUGGCUCUUCCUUUGAAGUUAAUGUUGCGAGAAAUGCCACGAUAGCGGAUCUUAAGCAGGCGGUGGAGGAAAUUUUUAGUUUGUCGCAAAAGGAUUGUGAAGGCAAGAUUUCAUGGUCACAUGUAUGGGGACACUUCUGUUUGUGCUAUGAAGGUCAGAAGCUUAUCAAUGACAAGGUUUAUAUUCGAAACUUUGGGAUCAAAGAUGGUGAUCAGCUUAAAUUUAUUCGGAAUAUGUCCAUUAACUAUAGACCAGUGAAACAACGAUCUAAAAACAUCAGGGGUGCUUCCAAACAGUGCUCAAUGGGAGAGCAGACCAGUACAAAUGAAGAUGAGGAGGAAGUUCUGGUGCCAAAAUUCAAAUUGACUCGCUUCUUGAAUGGUCGGCUCUCAUUCUCCAAUUUGAGAAGUUCGACAAGAAAGGGAUCUAUGGGAAGAAGGAGUCAUUCUUUGAGAAUUUCCCUGCAUUGAUAUGGAGCCUGACCCAAAAUGAUUCAGCUUCACAUGUAACUAACAUUGAUAGAAAAUAGUGAAGCAUGUUUGACAUUUUUGUUGUCAGAUGCUCCUGUGGCAGGGUAUAUGUAGCCUAGAUGUGAAAUUUGAUUACUGGACCGGGACUUAUUUACCAAGUUGUCCUGAUUGAGUCAGCUAAUCUAUUCUCUACCCGGAGGAAACAAAAUUUGUCCCAGUUAGGAAGAGAAGAACAUAGAUGAGAGCUAAUAGCUAAUGAUUAUCGUCCCAUGAAGUUCUACUUUAUAUGUUUCGCUAGAUGGUUUUGCACAACGUGUCUUUGACAGGAAUAAGAUCUGAAAUUUUUGUAACAGUACUAUUAUCCUCCAUUUAUGAAAUGUUGGUUUUUAUUA